AUGACGAACAACGGCAGUGCUGCAUUUCGCUCCCUUGAGGUGGCCAUAAUUGGAGGUGGCAUUAUUGGUGUCCUGACAGCUCUUGGCCUCAUCCAACGAGGUAUCGAAGUGACCAUCUAUGAGCGCGCUCCAACCUGGCACGAAGUCAGUGCAGGAUUCGCUUUUACCGGUGUGGCUCGAGAAUGCAUGGAGCGUCUAGAUCCCAGAAUCCUAGACGUACUGAGCCGCAUCAGCCAAAAGACAGACCCCAAUGAUGCCAGCACAAGUUACUGGAACGGCUACCACCCACAGACCAAAAGUGAUGCCCAGGAUGAAUCUAAAGCACUACUCUUCCAGAUGCCUGGGAAUAAACUGGAAUUUUGGGGCUGCGUGCGUGCACAUUUCUUGCUCGGCAUGGCCGCUUUGUUACCCGACGGCGUGGUUCAGUUUGGGAAGCAACUUGUUAGCUAUAAUGACAGUGAGACAAAUGAGAAAGUUCUUCUUAACUUCGCAGACGGUAGUAUAGCUGAGACUCAUGCUGUCUUGGGAUGCGAUGGCAUCCAUUCAACCAUCCGAGAAGUGCUUGUAGGCGCUGAUCACCCGGCGACUCGCCCCAGCUAUCCCCACACGGUCGCAUAUCGCACAAUGAUACCUAUCGACGCAGGUAUAGCUGCAAUUGGGAAAGCUAAGGCGAUGACUGGAUGUAUGCAUUGUGGCCCAAAUGCGAACGUCAUGUCAUAUCCAGUGAUGAAUGGAACGCUUCUCAACGUCGCCUUUUUUGCCCAUGACCCCUCAGACUUUCCAGGGCCUGAGAGAAUGACAGCCCCGGCUACACGCGAGGAACUCGAGCGUAUCGUAGUCGGAUGGGGCCCACACAUAGUUGACAUUGUGCAGAGUUUCCCAGAGGAGAUGGUGAAGUGGGGAAUCUUCGACAUGAACGAACACCCGACACCAACAUAUGCACGCGGUCGCGUUUGUCUUGCAGGCGAUGCUGCUCAUGCUAGUAGCCCAUUCCAGGGUGUCGGUGCCUGCAUCGGUGUCGAAGACGCGCUUGUACUUUCUGAAGCAUUGGUUGCGGCCCAGUCCAAUACCAUUAAUGGAGGCCAUCAUGGCCAAAGAGCGGCCAUUGUACACGCUUUGCAAGCAUAUAGCCAGGCACGUAUGGAUCGUGGCCAGUGGGUUGUGCGCAGUUCGCGGGAGAUGGGCCAAAUGUACCAGUGGCGGUAUGGGCGAACUGGGCGGGAUGCGGAAAGGAGUAAACAGAAACUCGAGGGAGCCUCACAGAUCAUAUGGGACUAUAAUGUUGACAAAAUUGUGACUGAAAUCAAACUCGCAGCUUCUUGA